AUGCCCGCAACCGCCACGACCUUCCUGGACAACCCGCUGCUCAAAGUCAGCCGCCCGGUCGCCGCCUGCUCGCGAUGUCGCACGGCGAAGAUCAAAUGUGACGGCAAGCUCCCCGCCUGCUCGGCCUGCGAACGCGUCGGGAAAGCCAGCAGCUGCUCCGGGGCCAGUGAUGAGUUCGCCAAAGGCAAAGAGAGGAGCUAUGUGGCCUCGCUGGAGGGCUACUGUGAGAAACUGGAGAAGAAGGUCACCCGACUCCGGGCCCGCCAGGACUCGCUCUCGGCAGAAGGCAGCGGCACCAUCGCCCGGGAGGUGUCCAUCACCUCCAUUGUAUCGGCUGGCCCGCCGGGCCCAGCCCACCGCAGAGAGGCCUCAGAUAUUGAUGAUCUAGUGGGAGAUUUUGGUUUCCUGUCAGUCAAUGCGACCUCACGCGACUUUCGCGGCAUCACUUCGAGCACCUCCUUCGCCAACCUGCUCCUCUCCGUCGCUGUCGUGGAGCUGCCCCCGCCACCACCUUCGUCAGACUCGCUUCCUGCGCGGCACGAAGCUAUGCCCCUGCUCCAGCACUAUUUUGACAAUAUAUUUAUCCAGCUGCCCUUCUUCGUCGAGACAAACUUUUGGACGUCGGUGGAUGCAGUGUAUCAGUCGCAAGGCCGCUUCGCCAAACCAUUUGACCAAUGGAUGCUGCGCAUGGUUCUCGCCAUUGCGUCGGCCUCGGUGUCAUAUCAUAAUAAUGAUGAGAGCCACAAACGAGCGUUGGCUUUAGUGUCAGAGGCUCUAAGAUACACCGAGGAUGUUCUUCGCCCGGGCUCUGUUUCUGGGAUCCAGUCAAUCCUGCUGCUCGCUCAGUACUCCCUGGUUGACCCAGGGCACUUUCGGAGCUGGUAUCUUGUUGGAAUGGCCGUAAGGGUCAUGGUAGACUUGGGUCUGCAUCAGGAUCCUCCCGCCGAGGUGCUAUCCAACGCAGAUCGGCUGGACGUUCGCCGUCGCGUGUUCCAUUGUAUUUAUAGUCUGGACAGAGGAAUGAGUGCCGCCUUGGGACGAACCUUUUCUUUCUCGGAUGCCUCCGUGAAUGUCGAGUUGCUGUCCGCAAACACAUCGGGCCGCGCCACAGCUGACGAUAGCCCUUUCUUCUUGCGAAGCCCACUGCCGGCAAUACACAUUGUGAAAAUCAGGCAAAUUCUAUCGAACGGAUACCAAGAAAUGUAUUGCAAUGGGCGCGAUCCGUCCCCACAGCCCUUAGUAAUGACAUGGACUCUGUGCUCUCGGGUGAGAGACUGGUACCACCAGCGGCCCCAGAACGCGCCCAGCCACUUUUCCCUCCUGUAUAGACUGGAACUGCUAUACACCAUGAUCAUCCUCUUGUCACCUUCUCAUCGAUAUCCUCUCCCGUGCGAUUACAACAAGGCUCUCCUAUUCGACCGAUCCAUGGACUACAUCAGCCAGAUCCACCAGGUACUGGAGAACCCCAGCAUCCUUCCAUUCGUGACAUUCCUCGACAUCCAACGCGUAUACCAGGUGGGCCAAAAGUUCGUCGAGGUCUUGUCUGAAAACUUUGAUCUCUUGCUGAGCGCCGCUGUGCCUCUUCCUCCCCCGGUGCCAGCCGGCACACCCGACCCGCCGAUGCUGGGCGAAGAGGACCGUAUCAACUGCCGUCCUCGCGCGAUCCGCUGUCUGGCGUACGUGCGCGAGCUGAUGAAAUACAGUGCCCGGAAGUGGGACCUGUCAUAUCUGCUGGAGAAGUUCGAGCAGUCGUCUGCGCCGUUGGAGGAACGGUUGGUCCAAAGUUCCGUGGCGUAUUUACCUGGCCAGGGGAUCUACGCGCAGGCGCCGUCGUCGGGGUUGCCGCUGGCCGGCAAUGAGUACUCGGCGUAUCACUUGGGAUAG